AUGGAAGGUACAAAUCAAGCUUCUUUCUCCGUGUUUCUAGUCAUGGCUCUGUGUGCCAUUACUACUCUAUUGAGACCGGGGCGAGCCGAGGUGCUUGUGACACCUCGAUUUCCCACCAUUCCUGGUUCUCCAAUUGAUCUCACAAAAUGUUGGUCAUCGCUCUUCAACGUUCAAGGUUGCAAUAUCGAAAUAUUAAAAUCUGCCUUAACCGGAAAGUUUGAAAACGUUGGACCAACAUGCUGCAAAGCAUUUACAGAAGUGGAUGCAAAGUGUUGGCCAAAAAUGUUUCCAUUGAAUCCAUUGUUCCCUCCUCUUCUCAAGAAUAUGUGCUCUCGCAUCAGCGCAGCUGCACCCGCACACACAACACCACAAUUCCCAGGUUCUCCCAUCGAUCUCACAAAAUGUAUGUCAUCACUUGUCAACGUUGAAGGUUGCGUAAGUGAAAUCUACAAAUCGGUUGUCACAAGAAAGUUUGGUAAUGUCGGACCAAUGUGUUGCAAGGCGUUCUCAGCUGUCGAUGCCAAAUGCUGGCCACGAAUUUUUCCGCUAAAUCCGUUUUUCCCUCCUCUUCUCAAAAAUGAAUGUUCUCGCAUCAACGCAGCAGCUCCUACACACAAGUAA